AUGUUAGAGAAACCAAUCCCAUUGAGCUCUGCUUAUUGUUAUAAUACAAUCUUUACUGAUGUAUUGAGAAAAAGAUUUAACAAUCUAGGAACUAGACUGUUAUUAGUGCUAUCUAUCUUAGGUAGCAUGGUAAUCACUCUCUUUUCAAAAACUACAUCGGUAUGGUAUGAAUUUCUAAUAAAAUUACCGGUUAGAAUUAUUUCUCUUUAUGUCUGCAGUUUAAUUUUAAUCAUUACGAGGAAAAAUUACAUUCGUAUUGAGAGUUAUAAUGGAAAGAAUUGGAAUCCGAUCCGAUCAAUUUAUUACGAAUUUAUUUCUAAAAGAAAUAUUAUUUAUCAAGUGAUCUAUAUUAUUGAUAAUCUUUUAUUGACUUUUGUAUUCAAAGAUUUGGUAUCAAUUAAGAAUUUAAUUUCAGGGUUCCAUGAUAACUUUUUAUUCUGGUAUUAUAUGGCAUUUCUUUUACCUGUUGCUUAUAAUAUAAUGCAUAAUUUAAUUGAUAUUGAUUAUUUAAAAUUUGAUCACCAGUUAACGAACGAAAAACCUCAACAAUUUAUUAGGAAAAACUUACUUGAUCAAGUAAUCAUUCGCAGUAUUAAAUUUCUAAUCGUAAUGAUGGUUUUUAUUGAACCAUUGAAUCAAAUAGUUUUAAGAUGGGUGGAUUAUAAAUCGAAUCGUCUAUCUUGGAAACUUAUAAUUAUCAUAAAUGCAAUGGUUUUAGUUAUGAGCUUGAUUUUGAACAGUAUUAAUUUGCUAUUCAAUUCACAUAUGAUGAUGGGAUGCUUAUAUAAAAAUAUCCCAAUCUCUAAUUUAUCUUCCACACCAAUGGAAACAUUAAUUAAUGGAUUACAGAGUGAAAAGAAGUUUACUAAGUUGACGGCAUUCCAAGAACUAUCGUUCCGUUGUAACCAUGCAGAUAUCAAAUAUAGAAGGCCAAUAUAUGAAACACGCUAUAAGAAUGGACACAUUUGGAAUAUCAUUUUGAAUGAAUGUUUUAAAGUUUUAAAUGAAAGUAAUGAUGGAGUAGUCAAAUAUAUGGAAAUGAUAGAAGAGAAAUUAAGUCUAAAAGAUGCAUAUGAUAACAGUUUGAUGACCUUAAAUCGUCGUUCACGCUUUGAAGAUGAUGGAACAGAAGGAAAGAUGCUAUUUGGGAACCACCCAGAUCCUGCUACUAGACAUAGGAGAAAGAGAAGAAUUAAAAGACGUAAACAAUAUGAUUCUAUGAUUCCUGAUGAUAUGGGCAAAGUAUCUUUAAAUGCAGAUGAUAGUCAAACAUACAAGUUGUUCAAGAAUGAAAAAUUUUUAAGAAAACAAUACAGCUUGAUGAAGAAGAAUAGGGUUCAGAACUAUUUACGUGAUCAAAAUUCCAUUAACGGGCCCAUUCUUACUCGAAAAUUGUACGUAGUGGAAAAGCUACAAGAUUUUGUCCAAGAGCUUCGUGAGUUUUUAAGUGGAUUAUUAUAUACAGAUAGUAGUAAUCAUACUCUAAGGAAUGGUAGAAAGAGUAAUAUGACUAUUAUUGAAGCAUGGCUAUUAAAUAAGAAGCGUGAAAGUGAUAAGUUAAUUCCAACAUAUCAAAUUAAUUAUCAUAUCAUUUUGUCUUUGAAUGGGAUACUGAAUAAGGCCAUUAACGAAGAUCCAAAAGGGCGUAUAAUAUCUACAGUGGGAGAAAUUUUAAAGAUUUUUGAAAGGAGUAUCGUGAAAUUGGGUAAGUUUACAGAAUGGGAGAUGGGAGAAGAAGAGAGCACAAAAAUUGUUCAUCAAAUUGAUAAUGUCUUCGUGAUAUAUGAAUUAAUUAUCGAUUCAUUUUUGGAAAUAAUUUUGAAUUAUAAUGAAAUUCUUAAUGAUGUGUAUUUAGACCGCGAAGUGAUCCGUUUGGGUCGUUGGGUCCUUGAUAUGUGUAACUAG